GAGUAAGCCGCGUUGGAUAAAUACACACACUUUUUUUCUUGACACGGCAAGCACUUCGCAGAAACUACAGGGAAAUUUUCAUUUCUUCUGGCUAAUGAUCAGUUGACUUAUAAAAUAACACGCAGGCAGUACGUACGCUUGGUAAUUAAGUUCAGUGAAAUCAUCUUUAUAAAUACCUAUUAGAGCUUGCUAGAUUUAAGAAUCUACUUGUUUCUUCCUCUUAAAAUCUCAACUUUUCCUUGCUAUAUAUUUCGAAUAUAUUCUUGAUCGCAUACAAUCUGUGCUUUGAAUUUGUUAGAGAUCAGGGCGGCUUGAUUAAGCAAGAUUAAUUCAUUCAAGAUUCAACCAUGAGGCUGUUCGAGGAGCCACCGGCGAAGCUCACCCACUGGGCUCACCCGGAGCACGAGCUGACGCUGGCCGCCACCGCCGGGGCGCCGUUCCGGUGCGACGGGUGCCAGGAGCCCGGCGGCGACGGGCCGAGGUACAGGUGCGCGCCGUGCAACUUCGACCUCCACACCGACUGCGCCCUCCCGCCGGCCACCCUGCAGCACCCGCUCCUCUUCAAGGGCGGCGGCUGCACCUUCGUCUUCCUCCGCGAGCCCCCCGCGCCCGCCGCCGCCAGCCGGCAGUGCGACGCGUGCGGCGACGACGUGCGCGGGUUCGUCUUCCACUGCGCCGACCGCGACCUCGACCUCCACCCGUGCUGCGCGAGCUUGGAGGACCGCAUCGUCACGGGCGGGGGCGGCGACGGCGACGGCCGCGUCUUCGAGCUCACCAAGGCGGCGUCGUCGUCGUCGUCGCGGCGCCGCUGCGGCGUCUGCGGGGACAAGUCGCGCAGGACGUUCUGGUUCUACCGCGGCCGCUUCGACGGCGAGGACGUGUUCAUCCACGUGGCGUGCGUGAAGGAGCUCGCCGUGCGGAGGUGGGAGGCGAGCUACCGCCGCCGCAGCGGCGCCGGCCAGAUCGCGCUCGCCGGCGCGCCGCUCAUGGAGGGCGCCCUGCAGAGCCUGCCAAGGAGGACGCGGCGGAGCGGCGGGUUCGAGCGGUUCAGCAAGAUCGUGGGUGUCAUCGUGAGCGCCAUAAUCGCCGUCAUCUUCGGGAAUCCGAUGGGGUUGAUCGCCGCGGUGGCCGGCCCUGACGGUCUUCUCCGCGGGUAGAAGACGAGUGGAAAACAGUGUGCUGCUAAUUAGCAACAGUCAACGAGUGCGUCACGUGUAGAGUGUUCUUCUCUAUGAUUUUUUUUUCUUCGUAUAAACCCGAAUGUUUUAUUUUUAAUCUUGUGGUGGGUUUGGAAUAUUUUGAACAAAGAUUGGUUCGUUCAUUUAUGCAUGUUUCGAAUAAUUUCAUUUCAUGUUAUCAUUGAUGUACUCUUCUAUCC